GAUGAUCACGAUGAUCGUCUUGGAGCACCCAAUCAGUGCUGCGCGGCCCGUGACGUCAUGCAUACCUACCCAAAUGCGGUAAGAAGCUUGAGCAGACACGCGCUUGACGUCGGCGGCGGCUGCAUUCCAGCUGUUUCCUCGUGCCAGCUUUCUCCCAAAUCAUGAUUUUCAGCUGUCUCAGCUUUGUAGCCCCAGACGAGCGGAUGAACCUCGAAACGACUUCAAAGCUAGGAGACACCCCGCAUCGCAGUCGAAACUUCAUCCCAUCGCAUCUUUCCACCCCAGAACAGUAUCGGCAGCAACCAUGUUCAAGGGUAAACCCAGCGAUACUGACGAGAUGGCUUCACAACCCCCCCCUCCACCGCCGCCAACGACAGCACCGCCGCCCCCUCCGCCUGCUGCCUCAGACCCCGGUGUAGAUACCCCAGCGAGCCAAUCUAGCUAUGGGUACUCCAGCCAGUCGACAAUGGGACAAGAACCCGAAAUUGUAGAGGCACAUGAAGAGGAGAGACCAACAGACAGCCAUCACCUGGCAGACAUGGCCUCCAAGGAGAAGCCGAUCGAAGAGAGGGGACACGCCGAGCUUGACCACGAUCAUGUUGAAGUGAAGAACUUGGGAUGGAACAACCCACCGAGCAAGGUUGCGCAACCCAUGGUUGGUGGUUUGAGCAACGAGGAGCUCUGGAUCCUAGUCCGGCGAUUUGACAAGCAAAUCUUCCACGUCAAAUCGAUACCCGAGCCACCGCUUGCAAACCUGGAUAUGAACAUCGCCGACGAGGAGGAGUUCUCGCCUGAUAAACUCCGCGCCCAUGUGGAGCGCUUGUACAUGACCGUCGUUGUUGGCUUAUUCUCUUUCUGGAAGCACAUUGUUCGCCUCCGUUCAUGGCGCGAAUACAAGCGCACCUCACUCUUCCUCGCAGUCUACUCCAUCGCCUGGAUCCUCGAUUUCGUCGUCCCCGUCUUCGCUAGCUUCCUCAUAGUUCUUGUCCUCGUCCCACAAUCACGAGACUUUUGUUUCCCUCCCGCCCCCGCUUCCCUUAUCGACAGCAAAACCGGCGGCGUCAAGAAACCCGCAUCCGGCGUCCUCGCGUCCGAUGACUCGAUCACUGGUGCACCCGAGAAGCAUGCCGGAGAGGCCGUGGAACAAGAGGCGUCGAGCUUCGUGAACAGCAUCUCAUCGCUGAUCAUCAGCACGGCGGCGGGAAAACAUCCUCAAGGCGAUCCCCACGACGACUCUUCUGUCCCCGACCCUACUAACAUUACCCAAGAUGUCGUCAAUGCCAAGGAUAAGACGGACGGCAAGGAGCCUACUUCCCACCACGACAAGACCAAGAAGCCUGUUCACGAGUCCGUCUGGGUCAAGGCUAGGCCUGUGAUGCAUGGCAUUGCCGACUUUGUCGAUACCUGGGAGCGUUUCGGAAACGCUCUGAGUCCAACCCCGCCUUUCCCACAGCAGAGACCUCGUCUCGUUCUUGCCAGCGUUAUCUUACCGCUGCUACUCGUCUCCUUGUUUACAACCUCGUACAUGCUGGUCAAAGGUACCGGUUUUGUGGUUGGAUUCACCAUCUUUGGAGACCCCAUCAUCCAAAGAGGCCUGGUGUUUAUCAACCGUACCUACCCUCAUUGGCAGAAGUAUGUUGAGUUGCGAAACACCAUUCUCAAGGGCAUUCCCACCAAUGCCCAAGUCACCAUCACGCUUCUGCGAAUUGGCGAGCGCAACAAGGCACCGCUCCCUCCUCCGCCAAAGUCCGAUACACCGCCACCUGAUGAACCUCAUGCGACCGCUGGUCAGGAUCUGGAGCACCUCGGUGUCGAUCAAGCAGAGAUAGACGAGGCUAUUCAACCCGACGAAGCAGCACUAGCGCCAGCGGAGUCGGAAACGGCAGAGCACAAGCAGAAGAAGGGCCACCGAAUCAUGAAUUUUAUCAAGAGCACCGCCAAGGGCGGUAUCAACACCACUCUCGCCGCGGACAAGGUAAAGGCCAAGGUCGGCGCUAAACACGCAAAGGACAGGCUGGGCGUCAUCAAGAAGACGCCCGAUCCUGAAAAAGGUCCCGUCCGAUUCCCGGCACGUUGGAAGGGUAAGAGGGGCCAUGCUUACAUCACGACUACGGCUACGACCCCUGCGCUUAGCUGGACGACUGAGUCGGAUGAUCUGAGUCCGACGUGGACUGUCACCAUUGGUGAUAUUGAGCAAAUUCGUAAAAUGGGCGGUCUCGGCUGGAAGUCCAAGAUUUUUGUUGGCUGGGCUACCGAUCGUGAGAUUGCGGACGGCCUCAUCGUGACAGACAGCAUGGGCAAGGAGUAUCAUCUUACCGCCAUUAUUUCGAGAGAUGAACUCUUUAACCGUCUCGUGGCCUUGGGGUCACAGAUGUGGGAAGCAUGGUAACGAGGUUAUGACAUUUAUGACAUGGGGAAAAGGCUGUAACAUUUACACGGCGUUCCAGAGAGAAUGAAGCUUUUGUGAUUGGUACAGCAUACGCAUUACGACAGUUGUACAGUAAACGCACAAAUCAUAGUCUACACGGCCAUUCAUGAUGAGUUCAAUGGCAAUGACGAGUCUGUGGGAUAGGAACCGUUGACUUUUGUUGCUAUUCUCAAAAAAGGAUUAAAUCGGUAUUUCUUACGGUAC